AGGAAUUCUGCUCUUUCUCCACUUUGGCUGAUUUUUAUUCUUACUUUCUUUCACAUUAGAUGGACACACUGGUUUUCAUUGAACGAAUACUGCCGUUUACAAUUUUUGAAUACUUUUUUAAAGCACAAGCCCAGAAAGCCGGGACCCGGAAGUUGUUUGUGGUCGCGCCACGUCAGAGUUGUGUUGUUUCCCUCUCCGUGUGCACGAGAGCAGAGUGUGAACCGGUCGGUGCUCACUCUCCACACCUUUCGGCUCCACCACCUCCACCAUGCUCCGCCUGGGACUGCUCUGCGUGCUGCUGACCCUCUCCGGGGUUUUGGGGACCGAGCUCACGUUUGAACUGCCGAGCAGCAGGAAGCAGUGUUACUACGAGGAGCUGGAGAAGGGCGUGAAGUUUGACAUAGACUUCCAGGUAAUUGCAGGAGGCAACUACGACGUGGACUGCUUUGUCACAGAUCCCCAGGGCAAUGUGUUGUACAACGAAAACAAAAGGCAGUAUGACAGCUUUUCUCAUACCACUGCUAUGGAAGGAGUCUACAAGGUCUGCUUCAGCAACGACUUCUCCACUUUUACCAACAAAGUAGUGUACCUGGACUUCCGCUUUGGAGAAGAGAAGCCUCUCCUGGGUGUAAUCGAUAAAAAUACAGCACUGACACAGCUGGAGUCUUCUUGUGUCGCCAUUCAUGAGGUCUUGAAGGUGGUGGCAGACUCACAGACGUGGUACAGACUGAGGGAGGCGCAGGAUCGCACAAAAGCAGAGUAUCUUCUGGAGCGGGUGACCUUCUGGUCCAUAGGAGAAACCGUCCUACUGUUUGUCAUCGGAAUUGGCCAAGUCAUGCUGCUCAAGAGCUUUUUUGGUGAGAAGAAAAGCUCCUUGAUGGCCUCCACUUAAACUGCACUCUUUUCUGGAAUCUUGGAACCAUGUGUGAAAGCAGAACUGACUCUAGAUCAGCACUGUAGUUUUCUUUUAAGAUUUACUUAAAUCCACAGCUUAAAGGGAUUUUCCUUUUUUAUAUUCAUGUUUGGUUUUUUGGAAGCUUUACUGAAAUGGAACACUUUUUUUUUUAAGAUUACAUUUACAUGUAUCUCCCUGUCACAAGAUUAAAAUCUUUAUAUAGUUCAACUUAAGCCAGAUAAUUGCAGUGGAGACUGUUUAAAGACCAAAAAAGUUUUGGAGUGUUUUUGUUUCUUUUGUACGAUUUCUUUUGUUUAACUUUAAUUUAUGUCAUAUGUUAAAAGCUUGACCUCUGUCUCCAUCAUAAGCUUGUGAUCAAACACUUUGUGCCUUGAAGAAAGUAUUCCCUUUAGAUACAGAUACAUAGUUGAAAAUAGUUUGUUAAAAUGUGUACAAGUCAUGUUAUUGUCUGACUCAACUCUGCUUUAAUUCCUAUUUUUUUAAUUGUUUGUAUGUUGGGAUUUGAUUGUUAAAAAAAAAUUCACCAUGUCAUGUUCUUCUACUUUGAGUUACUGGCAAAAAUUCAAUAAAAAUAUUUUAUUUAG